UGUGAACCGAGAUGCAUCAGAGUCAAGAUUGGAGAUUCAUAAUAAUACGCGGUACACAAGUUGUGAACGUUGAAUAUUGGGCACGCAAGAUUAUUCACUCGAUCCACGACUCAAGACUCUGUCCUGCUCCAUCAUGGAACCGCGUAGGCGCUUAUCCCAAUGAAAACGCAGCCAGGAAUCAAGGCGGGUCCGACGAAUUUCUACACGUCAUGACAUUUCAGAUGUCAUCAGACGCGCAUUCAAAUUCGAUGCCAGGCAAUUCCACUAGUGACCUUGAAACGUCACCACAUCCAGCUGGGUCCAUGGGCAAGCGGAAAGCCUGGCCCUGGACUGGGGAUGCCGUCUUCUGGCUCAGCCGGGCGCUACAUAGAACGUGGCUUGAGGCUCGUGCUUGUCAUGACCUAGCUGCUCACAUUGCCCGCACUCACUCGGAUACCCUUCACGUGGCCGGAUCGCGACCUCUGUCCAGGCUAGCACCUCAGAGGGCGUUUUUGAGAGUGUAGAGUCUGUGCAUGUACGGCCUUCAUGAGGAAGGCCAAGUCUCGAUUCUACGAGAAGUCGAAGAAAGACAACAAAGAAGCUGCUUCGCAAGUCAUUUGCCCUUGCACCUUUCACCCGACAGGAUCACACCACCACCCCCUCCCGAAUGGUUGUGCGAGAUGACGCCUUCGUAUUAUAGGCCGACUGAUGAAUCAAGGGAUAGAAGCAGAUGUGAACGGGCCAAGUCUUUCAGCCACGCAACACGUUCGUAACGUCGGAUUCACUCGUAAUGCCCGCGCCUGCCACAAAUCCUACCGCCCCGGCGAGCUUCGCCAAAGGACUGGAGGAGCGCUUCUCAUAAGUGUUUUUUGAAUGUCACCACGCGCAUGAACACCGUAGGCAGCCAUGCCGGGUUGACACUUCAGCAGAUGGGAACUCGCUUCCAGCGACGCCAGUCGGAAUAGGUCUCGGGUUUGUGAUACGUGCACCUGAUGAGCUGACCCGCUCAUGACCUGCCGUCAACAAAGCAGAGGUCAAAGGGCAGUACGUGCAGUGAUACGCUGUAGUCAUUCACUUGCUGUGGCGUGAAGAACCAGGCGUGCGCUCGCGUUAUCAUUUCCCGAUACAUAUAGCUUCGAACGUGGAUGGACUGGCGUCAAGCUUGUGCGCACGGAAAGUUUGCGAGCAAUCUGGCUCUUUCAACACUCCCUUGUGUGACACUACGGAGCACAGCGGUGUCCAAGUCGGGUCCAGGCAAGGACAAAUGGAUUUCAACGUCAGCAGAAUCGACCUUGAUGACAACAACUGCAUCUCCUGAUCACGCACAGUUCAAUCAAUACAUGCGAAAGGUCAUUUUCUCCCGGGUCCGCCGGAAGCGCUCCGACCUAGCCGACAGCAAGGCCUACGACGCUACCGCAUCUGGCGACCUCCAUGUUCGGAAGGCUAGCACCGAGAUGUCAGAGAGUGUGCAAAGCACGGUUGGAGUGACACGACGGGGGAAAGGUAGUAACAGCAGUCAGUGCGUGCGAUAAGCAUGCGAGGAAACAAAGGGCAGGAGCAUGUCCAGGAGGCCAAACGCUGCCAGCUAUUACACCCAUGCUCUGAGGUAGGAAGCCUGUCACACUGCGAAUUCAGCAUUGCCAGACAUAAGCAGAUCGCCUUUUGUCGCCCCAGAAGCGCCGCAAAUAUUCCGUAUACGGAGGCCAUGUCUGGCUGCACGCAAGCGAAGAGAGCACACAGGAGCGAGUACGAGGACGUCGUCAACAUCGCCUCCUGUCUAGGCUGCUGCGCCCGUGCACGGAAAUUUUGCCACGCGGCAAUCUGCCAAAUACAUCAACGCUGGAGUUUGCCACCAUGAGCGCUUUCGUCGGUUUAGUAGUCAACACUGGCUACGUCGUGUAUGGAAGUGCACGUCAAGACGCUCUGGCAAG